GGGGGUGGCUAUCAAUUUGAGUGAGACUCUUUUUGAGCAACAUGUCGUCCUGGCCUUGGCGGUUCAUUCUCUCCCUCACGGAGGAAGAGAAACAGCGCCGGCGUGAACUGCUGGACCUCCGAGGCUACUAUGCCCAGGGCACGGCAGUGGCAGUCAUCCUCCUGCUACGGUGCUACCAGCUCUACUCACAGACGAAACUGUCUGCUACCCAGGGCGUCGAGAAGAGGGCGGCCGCACGCCGGCAACCACGAUCAUGGUGGAACUCGCCUCUUUUCCCGGGAGGGAUGGAGACUCGCAAACAGUACCUGGUGACGGGGCUCUGGCUGGGAUGGCUAUUGGGUCUGUCGGUUUGGAGAAGUGGUGACGGUAAGCUGCGCCCUACAAACUACUACGGGUGUGGAGGAAGAGUUCCCUAGGCACUCUCGAAGCUGACGGAGAUGCCCCCAGAUUAUCUGCACUUCACCAAAGCGCUAGGCCACGUUGGACUUUCCCAGCUCCCUCUCCAGGUGUUGAUGGCGCCUGCCUCGUAUAUCGACACUGCGAGACCGAUUGCCCCCUCCGCCGUGUCGGUACUGACGGGGCUCCCGCAGUCGACUCUGACACCCUACCAUCGCCUGGUCGGACGGCUGGUUAUGGCGCCGCUUCUGGUCGGCCACGCCGUCCUCUAUGCGUUCUUCUUCUUGCAGACUCCGCACCCGGCCUUUGGUACCCUCCUGUCAAAGCGUAUCCGCGACCUCGACGUGCAGCUCGGCCUCGCGGCUGCCGUGGCAACGAUCUUGGUGCUCCUCGUCGCACGACCAACGUCGCAGACUCGUGGGUUCUCUUUCGGCGGCGCCACAGUCAAGACGCGCCGCCAGGUCUUCUAUCUCGUGCACGUCUCGCUCGUCAUGGUCUUGGAGGCUGCGGCGUACUUCCACGUGAGCCACGCACAGCUGUUCGUUCUCGAAUCCUUCGCGGCGAGUGCGAUAAACAUGGUGCUGAUGGGAGUGAACCGACUCGGUUGAGAGGAUCUGAUUACCAGGUCCCUAGGUAACCUCCUAGGGGUAUGAUAUAAAUUACCUGGGUGAUUGAACUAA